AUGAUUAGGUCAUCAGCCACCUCGCUGCCCUCUGGACAGACCAUAGCUCCGCCUCCUGCCCAUGCGUCUAUUUUUUCUAGUAGAGGUCAAAGUUCAAGCAUCUUUAGUAUUGUGCAAAAGUACAUGGACCGCUUGCUUCCUAUCGAUCAGACUAUGAAGAUUCUUUUGGUGGAUAAAGUUACUCUGAAUAUCAUCUCCAUGUCGUGUUCCCAGUCUUUCCUGCUGCAUCGCAGUGUGUUUUUAGUUGAUCAAGUUACUGGUCAUUGGCAGAGACAUAAGAUGAAGGCGAUGCGGUGCAUUAUUUUUAUACGGCCUGAUCCCGAAACCGUUGAGGCCGCCUGCGCCGAGUUGCAGGCGGCCAAAUACAGCAGCUAUUCAAUUGCCUUUUGCGGUGUUACCCCAUUGGAGUAUUUAGACCGACUGGCCCAUGCCGAUCAAGAGAGCUUGGUAACCCACGUUGACGAAUUUUUCUGCGACUUCGAUGCGGUCAAUCACGACGCGUUUCUUAUAGAGAAACUCAACCCGUCUAUUGAGCUUCUCUCACCCGGCCCUACGCUGAGGCAGAUUAGUCGCAUGGCUCAAGGUUUGGCGUCCCUUUCUUUGGCGCUGCGUCUACGUCCCAUCCUUCGUUUCCAACGUAGCAGUCCCUACGCCUGUCGUCUGGCAAACGAGCUAGGCAACAUCUAUCGCAAUGAUCCUGUAUUAUAUGACUACCGCAGCAAAGAUACGGUGCUUUUGGUUUUAGAUCGCAAUGAUGAUCCACUGACGCCCCUGCUAACCUCAUGGACCUAUCAGGCGAUGUUGCACGAGCAUAUUGGACUGGAGCACAACCUACUGCGUCUUCCCGAGGGCGUCGAAAACGCGAACGAAGAGGGUUAUGUGUUCUCCGAGCAAGACGACCCUUUCUUUGCGGGUAACCUAUGCGAUAACUGGGGUGAUCUCUGCAAUAAUGUUAAGGGCUACAUUGAUCGAUGCAAGAAUGCAUUAAAUUUAGAUCGUACCACCGUGACGAUGGACGAGCUCAGGCAAUUCAUGCAGCGCAUGCCGCAAACUAAGAGUCUUACAGAGUCCGUUAUUAAACACAUGGCAGUAGUGAGUCAUCUCACCAAUGUGAUUAAGCAACGGGAUUUGUUGCAGGUGUCACUUUUAGAGCAAGAUAUGGUUGCCUCGUCCUCCCCUUCGGAGCAUUGGAACCGCUUAGAAGCAUUGAUUACAAGGGAGGACAUUCAAUCCAGUGACAAGCUGCGUCUUUGUCUUCUUUACCAUAUGCGCUAUGAAAAACCAGGCCAGUUGUCACGCACCACCCCUUUUUUGGAUAACAUUAGCAGCACUGCCGUCCAGCUUCUUCAAAAAUUACGCAGCUACUACGGACGUGAUCGACCAGUUGAGGGACUAUUUGCCGACACUGGGAUUAUGGAUGUGAUUGUGAAGACUUUUGUAGAUUCUGGAAAUAUUUACACUCGGCAUGAACCCGUGUUAAAGCGGACUCUGCAGCACUUGCUAAGCGGGCGACUAGAUUUGAAUACGUAUCCUUACUUGAAUAACUCUUCGACGCCUCCAACAUAUACUAGCGCAGAUGGUAGCGCGUACAAGCCAAAAGAGAUUAUUGUGUUUAUGUGUGGCGGUUACACGUUUGAGGAAGCAGCACUAGUACGGGCUGUUAAUGAGAAAACUGCGUACAAAUCCGCACAGAUGAGCAAUUUCUGUGCAGAGGGCAGUGAAGUAAAAGUGAUCAUUGGGGGAGAAAGCACACUGAACUCGACUCAGUUUAUUGAGUAUCUAUCACGAGUUUCGUAA